AUGGACGAGGUGGACCACAUCAUCGCGGAGAUCCUCACGGAACGCAAGCACAGCGCCUCCAAAACGUCGCUGCUGCUCGAGACGAAAAAGCUGCGCGAGGCCUGGGACGCGCUCAACGCCUGGAUCCUGGACCGCGUCAUCCAGCGGCGGGGCGCCGCCGUGCCCAACUUCGGGAAAUUCACGUGGCAGGUGCUCGGCGGCUUCACGCCCGCGGACCUGGACCCGCGCCUCGCGGGCAAGAAGGCCGCGAGCAAGAUUCCGCUCCGGCCCGUGUUCAUGUUCGCGGAGAACUUCUGCCGGAGCCACGGCCUGCCCUGGCGGCGCCAGAACGAGGCGGACCUCGUGAAGUGCGGCGACCUCGACUACAGCAACCUCGCGCUGCGCUACAGCUCCCACCUCACGAAGGACAUGGUCUUCGCCGCGCUGCGGGACGUCACGCGGCGCGUCGGCGAGAAGAUCGCGUCGGGCUUCGCGCUCCGGGUGAAGAUGAGCGUCGGGUCCCUCGUCUGCGAGCACGGCAAGUGCCGCUUCGAGUUCGACGCGGCGUCCCUGGCCCCGCGCGCGCGCGAGCCCGCCGCGGCGCCGCCGCCGGCCGACGCGCCCGCGGCGGACGCGGCGCGGCCGGGCACCGUCGCCGCGAGCCGCCCGGCGUCCGAGGACAAAUCCGACGACGCCGGCGACGGCGGCGACGAGCCCCUGCCGGUGAUCCCGCCGCCGAAGCCCUACGCGUUCACGUCGAGCACGUUCUAUUCGACGCCCGCGGACGAGUACGAACAUCCCGACACGCCCGCGGAGUACCACAGCUCCGUGCUCGCCAAGACGAACGGCGAGAUCAUGCGCGACUCCACGGACGCGCUCCUGGGCAUGCUCCCGACGAAGAACCACCUCAAGCCGUCGGCGACGUACUACCGGCGCGACCGCGACCCGGGCAAGCCGCUGCUCUCGGAGCUCAACGACAAGUGCAAGACGACGGGCCUGCUCCAGGCCGAGUCGUCCGUCGCCGACGCGGCCUACGAGCGCCACCUCGCGUCCAUCGAGCACGAGGCGAACCGCAUCCAGGACGAGAAGGUCGUCUUCCAGAAUUUGUUGGCCGAGGGCUACGCGGCCGACGCGGAGAAGCGGAAGAACUGGAAGCGCGCGAACCUCGAGCUCCAGGAGUACCUCCAGAACCAGAUCGACACCAAGGCCGUCAAGCACGCGCGCGAGAAGGAGAUCCCCGAGGACGAGCUCAAGGAGCAGGAGGCCCUCGGCGCCAUCGUCACGAAGAGUCUGGAGGCGUCCAAGGGCAAAACCUCCCGACCUGCGGACGGCGCGCCGCUCCGGCGGAACACGUCCGUCGCGGAGUCGCUCAAGCAGCCCAUGCGGCCCAUGCUCGAGGGGCCCUUCAAGAUGUACAACAUCACGGGCUUCCCGACGCGGGGCCGCGCGGAGAACAUCAAGGUCCACGAGCUCUGCGACGAGCUCGCGCGGUCCAUCGACUGCCGCAAGGAGCGCGUCAAGAGCGAGCGCGAGGAGGUGUUGGAGGAGGAGCGGCGCUUCAUCCGCCACGUCAACGACGAGAUGUUCAAGAACAAGACGCUGGCGAAGCAGAAGCUCGACGCGGCGAACAACGAGCUCCUCCGGGCCUGGGAGACGUCGCAGCACGUCAAGAACUUGCAGCGGCUCCAGGGCUUCGGCGCGGACGCGAUGCUGAGCUACGCCAAGUCCGCCCACCCGGAGGGCGACGAGCCCGAGACGCUCCGCCACCCGCCGACGCUCCCGCCCACGCGCCAGCUCGCCGCGACCAUCGCGUCCGCGAAGGCCAAGGGCGUCGACCUCUCCGUGGGCUUCGACCCGCGCGACGCGGCCGCGUCCGGCGUCCCGGCGUCGAAGAAGGGCUCGAGCCUCAUGGGCCUCUCCACCGACAGCCGCAAGGCCCUCAUCGACGCCUAG